GCACACCAAACCACAUAUCUCCAUCCUUUCCCCAGGAACCCCCAUAGAACCUUCAUCUAAGCUCCCUCCACACCCUCGCCAUGGGUUCCAGCGCCAAAAAGAAGAAGGAGAAGCAGAAGGACUUCCAGAAAGCCAAACUCAAAGUCGGCAAAGCCAAAGGCAAGCCUGAAAACUUCACCGACACGAGCUUCAAAACCAAGGGUAUAACCCUAACCCAACAAUCCCUAACCUUAACCGCCCCAUCCACCCAAACCCAGUUCACGCACCAUGUCUCCCUCCUCAACUCCAAGUCGGACACUCAGCGCCGCGACUCUUUGGCCCAUCUAACCACACACAUCUCCUCCAAACCCACCUCCCAACCCCUCCCCCAACCCGUAAGCACUCUCCUCCCCACCCUCUCCCCCCUCAUCCUAGACGCAAGCACCAACGUGCGCACCCAACUCCUCAAACUCCUCCGCGCUCUGCCCCCCGCCGACGUGGAAGACCACGUCGUCCAACUCAUGCCGUACAUCCGCGCCGGCAUGACUCACCUCGCGGCCGAUAUCCGCGUCACGGCCAUCGAGGUACUCUCGUGGUUGGUCGAGAUCGCGGGCGAUGCGGUCGUCUCGUGUGCGGGUGGCUGGAUCAAGACGCUCAAUUGCUUUCUCUCCGUGUUGGGAUGGCAUACGGAGGAGUCGUCGAAGUGGUCGUCGAAUCGGGCGGCGUUUGGGAAGGCGGGCGCGAAGGGCCGGCCCAUGGUGAAGGUGUUAGGGGUGUUGGCGGAGUUUUUGCAGGCCGGGAUUGGCGAGGAAGAUGAGGAUGAGGAUGUGGUUAUGGGGGGUGCGGAGGUGGAGAGUGGGUAUGGGAGUGGGGAUGGUGGGUUUCCGAUUGUGCAGACCGAGGUGCAUAUGGUGCCGAAGACGGCGCAGCCUUAUGUGUAUUUGAAUUUGUUUGGGUCGCCGAGAGAUGAGGAGGGCGAGAUGUAUGAGACUCGAGAGGAGAGGUUCCGGGUCUUUAAGAGUCGGUUUUUGGUUGCGGUGGAGCGCGGAGUCGAGAGUGCGAGGCAGGAUGGCGGCGAGGUGGGACGGGCAUCGUCGGCUGUGAGUAAAGUGUUGAAGGAGGCUAGGGGGGUCGAUUGGGAGGGUUGAUUGAUUGUGUUGUGUUGUGUUGAUUCUGGCGUUGUGUGGAUCGUGCUUGGGUUUUCUUCUUGUGCUACGGGUGUAUUGUAUAGAUCUGUUUGCUCGUGUGGUAUGUGCUUGUUCAUGG